GAAAUGCCGAUUUCCCCCAAUUGAAUAUUCCAGAAACACGGAAUCCGUCCGGGUGGAGGAGGUGGAGCGGAAAACACGGCGCGAUAUGUACAAAAGACAUGAAGCUAUUCACUCUCUAACCUACGAGAAUCCUAUUGAAAUUUUUGUUCCCGACUGAAGUCCGAGACAAAAAAGGGUCCCUUUUGAAGAUCUUGUCGAAGACCCUUCGAUUCAGGGUCCUCCGAUCUAUGUCUCUGUCUCACAAUGAAGAUUUUGGUGUACGAAUCGACGCUAUCUUUUGCUUGACAGUUGCUAAUUUCUACACUAUAUUUCAUGAAUCAGCACCUCCAUUUACCGCUAGUUUGAGGACUGCAACAAAGGGACGCCAAACAACACCGAUACAAUAGUUACACUCCAAUAGUCAUAUUUUUCUCCAUAUGUUCCAGAAAAUUCCUAGUGCCCGUGGAACAAAUAAACGUUGUUCAAUAAUUUCUUUGUAUUGUCGAGUGCCGGUCCAACAUCCAAACAACAAUCCAAUAACAAUCCAAUAGUUCUCAAACAAAAGCGGACACGUGGCUAUAAAAACGCCACAUAUAGGACCCCUUGUCGAUCUCUUUUUAAUUCCCCAUUACACUUAGAUUCGCGACCAAGUACAUCAAACAUUCUAACGAGUCCCCUAAUAAUCUAAUCCGAUUAAGUCCUAGUCCAGCAACUCUAGUCUCAAGUCAAAGUAAGUCAUCCUAAUUUCUCUAACCAUGGACAACAUUAUGAAUCGACCCGAGCGACUUAGCGAAGUAAACCGAGAGAAGGGCUUGGGAGAGAUUCUAACACCAGCAGAAUACCGCGAUCGUGGAACCACAGUGAUCCGCGCCAUCGAGGACGCCAUCUACACCAUCCCUCGUCAAGACACUCCAUAUCCCGAUUGGAAAAUCCGCUAUUUCAACCCCGGCGGAGGUCAUGGGAAAGACAGUAUUGAAAGACUCUGUUUCGGCCCCAUGCGCAACAUCUUCACCGACCCAAAGCAUCCUGUCGAUUAUGAAGGCUCUCACUGGUCCAUGUACAACUUCCAUUCGAAGGAAUACACGAACAGGGGUUUUGAUGAAGCUUGGCCCAACUUCAAUUGUGUAUGCAACGUGUGGGUAUCAGCGAAGGUCGGUACAGUCAUUGUGCAAAUGUCAGAUACGAAGACCGAUCUCGACAUUCCCGGGCUAGAUACUCCACGUCUCUACAAUAGUGAGCUCAUCUACCAAGCUUGGCGCGAUGCGGUUACUGCGAAUGUGACAGGUCCAUCUCCCCAAGUUGUGUCACAACUUACAGAUUUGAAGUACAUCAUCCGUGCUCCGAUUGGUAACUCAGGAACCCUUGCCACCAUGAGAGAUGUUCUCCUCUCGCAAGGUGUCCCGAGGAAUCAACUUGACAAUAGAGGAGUGACGGUGAAGCGAACUUUUGAUGACCCAUCUAGUGAUGAGUUCAAGAUGUUGAUGGGGACCGUGAAUGGAAGACCCAUCGGCAGAUUGUGCGCUGAUCAUGCGGAGAGCUUGGACGGAAAACAGGUAUUGAAGAUACAUGUUUGGAACGAAUUCAUGGCAACUUUUGGCGCCUUGAUCUUCGAAUUAGGGGAAGAGAGAGCUUCGACCAAACUCGAGAGAGAGAAAAACACUAAUCGUAAAGGUAAUUCAUCCACACAAGCUCCUUUACAGAGACCUCAACCCCCACGUCUUCCCCCAGCAGCCCCAGCCAAACCCACUAGGACAAUUAGCGAGAAAGUAAAGAAUUUGAUGAAGAAAUUUGGGGGGUGAGUCUUGGUAACGAGGUAAGAAAGCGCUGGCACUAGAAUCUCUCGAAUAUUAUAAGUAAGUUUGAAGUUUAGUUUGCUAGUGUCAAUUGACACACAACACCCUUGAGCCUUUUCCUAUUUUGGAGUUGUGUCUCUUCUUUAUGAAAGUAAUUCCAUAAAACACAAAAAAAGAAUAAUAAUAGAAUAACAUAAAAGUUUAAACCCCGGAACAGAAUUUGAAGAAUAGUUUUGAUUAUAACGGCAAUUGAAAGUUUCAGUGUGAAAAUUUUAGUAUAGUACCAAUGCACUGGCAAAGUAAAAAUGAACUGUCAACUACACAAAGACUGUUCGUCCCCAAUACAUUAGAUACUAAUAGCUAACCCAACAGUGCCCGAGUAAUCUGAAUCAACACAGUACACUAUGUACAUGUGCAAGAACUCUCAACUCUGCACCUCCCCACCCCCAAUCCUCUACUACCCUUCGACGUCCCCCUCCAUCCCGAAUAUAUUACACUAAGCUAGGUGCUCAGCUAAGUGUUGUAAGAUCGUAUAUAUGGAAGUGCAGAACAAAUGCACAGACUGAUACGUAUAGCUAGAUAGAUAAUAAUAAUAAAAAUCACAUUCCUCCAUAAAAUUUCCAUCAAACCACUAUCUUCUCCUUCCUCUCAAUUUGCACUAACGUACGAAAACAAAAAAUAAGUCAAGAACUUAAUCCAAAACAUAAGAAUCCUCUCCUCAUCCUCGAAAUUUCCCAUCCAAUUUUUCUCCCAAAAGAAAUUCUUCAGAAGCCCAUUCUUCACAUCUAAACAUACACAAGAGAUGAUAACAACAAUAACGGCACGGAAUCCCAAGCCGGGGGCAACCAUUGUUAGAAAGUUGCAGCAUCAAGAAUGGGGUUUGCAGUAAACGUGUAGAGAAAAGAAAU